AUGAUUGAUUGGGCAACUGCAAGGAUGGAAAAAGAUGAGAGAUUUAAAAUUUUGCCUGCUCAUCAGUUCCAUCUGACUAAGGAAGCCAAAAGAAAAGAUGAUCCGUUGAUUUUCAAGGAAUUGUUAACUGAGAUAAAUGACAGUAGUAAAGAACUAGUUUUUAUUCCGGCAAAUCAGCCUAACUUCCAUUGGAGUUUGUUGGUUUAUCAGGUAAAAGAGAAAAGAUUUUACCAUUAUGAUACGCUGGGAGGGGCUAAUUAUCAAUAUACCCAGCCCUUAGUGAGGGAAUUGUUGGAGCAGAUUAGAGGAGUGAGGGGUAGUAAGGAGGAGUAUUUGGAGGAGCGUUUGAUUAAACAGCAUGGGAUUAGGCAGGGUAAUGGUUCUGAUUGCGGGGUAGCAGUUAUUGCUAUUAUAAGGAGGAUUAUUGAGUUAAAUAAUCAGAGAUGA